UGUGUAUGUGCUGCAGCCAGCAGAUGUCACCCAUGGGCGCAGUAAACACUGAGCAUGUGACACUGUAAGAGCCUGUAAGAUCUGCGGUGUGUUUCUGUUUUUUCUAAUAAUCCAUGACGAGCCUCUUCUGACCAAACCCCGUCAUCAACACACACAAACAAACAACACUGGACAAGUGACAAUGGCGAGCAGACGGGCCUCGGUGUCCUCCUCAUCGGCGGGUCUGGAGGCCUGGUUCCCCGCGCCCGGUAGCGCGGAGGAUGAGCCGGAGCUGCGGCGGCUUCGGGAGCGGCUGCGCGGGUGGCUGUCGCAGUGUGAGCCCGCGGUGAUCUGCGCGCAGCGGCUGCUGGUGUGGGAGAGGCCGCUGCACAGCAUCAUCGCCGCGCUCGCGCUCAACACGCUGUUCUGGCUCCUGUCGUCCACAUCUCUGAGACCCUUGUUCCUCUUGAGUGUGUCUCUCAUUGGACUGACUUUACUGGAGAGAUGGAAAGGCAAGCUGCCGCAGAUCACCGUGUGGCAUCCAGAGGCAUCUGUCGUUGAGCGAGAAACGCUAAGUGAGCAGCCACAUUUGUUAAGCGUCGAGGAGCUCAGCCAUCAUCUCGCCGAGAGUUACCUCACCUCCAUCCUUUACAUCCAAGAGAUGCUUCAGUAUAAACGGCAAAACCACGGCAAGUUCUGCAUCAUGAUGUGUUCAGGAUGUGUCAUGCUGGCUGUGGUUGGACAUUACGUUCCCGGGAUUAUGAUCUCCUACAUCAUAUUGCUGAGUGUGCUGCUGUGGCCGCUGGUGGUUUACCAUGAGCUGAUCCAGAAAAUGUACACCGGACUGGAGCCCAUACUGAUGAAACUCGACUACAGCAUGAAAGGAGACACACAGCGCCGCAAAUACGACAAGAGAAAGCUGAAGAAGGAGCAGGGAGAGGGUGAUGAACCGAGGGCAGAGACAGAGAGUGAGAGCGAGGAGGAGCUGUCAUGUUUCGCCCCUACUGUGGAUGUGAAGACUACGGCUCUGGCGAUGGCCAUCACAGACUCUGAGCUGUCCGAUGAGGAGGCGUCUAUACUGGAGAGUGGAGGAUUCUCUGUAUCCAGAGCCACCACACCGCAGCUCACAGACGUCUCUGAAGACCUGGAUCAGCAGAGCGUGCACAGUGAACCGGAGGAGGCGUUCACUAGAGAUCUAGCGGAGUUCCCAUCAGUGGAUGAGCUGCCUUCUAUUGAACCGGGGCUGUUCCAUUUCCCGCUGGGUGUUCUGGGGUCUGAGCAGGCGGGAGCAUCCGGCUCCGAGCUCCAGGAGGAACCGCUGUCUCCGGCCAGCCUCCUCUUCCAGCACUUAACAUCUCCGCUCCACUUUGUCAACACGCACUUUAAUGGACACGGACAAGCGGCGGGGGCAGACCAAAGCAUUGUGGGUACUGAGAAAGAGGGAAGGGGAUUGGCCGAGGAUGUUUCGAGACCCGCUCGGUCCCUGGAAGCCCUUAGUGAAGAGAUAGUGAGCACGGCCAUCUCUACCGUAGUACAGAACACUCUCUCAGCCCUGUUGCGAUCUACGGAGGCCAGCGAAGGCGAAGGAGACCUGGCUUCGUUUCUUCCCACCGAAACGCCUCCUUGUCCAAUUGAAUCGUCCCUCGAGUCACCAUCAACCCAAGAAGCCAGUGUUGAGGAAGAGGAAGAGGACGGUGAUGUCACCGAAGCAAGCACCGAAGAGCAACCGGAUCUCACGCUCGUACCCGCGGAGGAAGAGGACUUUGAGCUUCUGGACCAAAGUGAACUGGAACAAAUGGAUGAGGGGUUGGGCCUUGGUGUUGAUGGACAGGAAGUGGGCGUGGCUUCCACAGAAACAGCCCCAAGCAGUCAGCAGCACGCAGACCAGCAGGAUUCCUAGCUUCCAUCUAAACUGUUUAUUUUAUUUAUAGUCUAUGUAGAUACCAUAUACUGACAAAAGAUUUGUGAAAGGGAAUGUUGCGGUCAUCUAUGCCUUUAUUUUGUUGUUUUCUGGAGUGAGAUCACUGUGAUUGUUGGUGCGCUUUUGAUUCCUGAGCAGGUGAAUGUCCAAAAUGUAAAAUGUAUGACACAAAAACUAAAAGCGACGGUAACAAGGUUAUCCAAAUAGCCUUCAGCCUCAAAUCCAGCCACUCAGAUUUCAAAAGCGAUUUAAAAUAGAUUUAGUUUUAAUCAUUUACUAUAUGUUUUGUCAAAGACCACAUGUCUGCGACAGAUGACAAGAGCCCUCUGGUUUAUCAAUCCCAUGCUGACUGUUGUUAUAAGGUUUAAUGCCAUUUGGGCUGAAUUUUAGGACUGUGGAAGGGAUUUUAGGACUGUGGAAGGAAUUUUAGGACUGUGGAAGGAGAGGAUGAGCGGGAUAUGACUGCUAAUUCUCAGAGAAACACUGGUUAUGUCAAACAUUUCUUAUCAUCAUCAUAGCUAAACUAAUAUAUUCUAUAAUAUAUUCCUAUGAAAUGGAUGGUUUUAUUUAUUAAAAUUGGUUAAAGUGAAGAAUAGUUUACUAUUAAAUAUGCCUCAAAUAAAUGUUUAAGGUUUAUUCUGAGAGACAAAACUUAAAAAGUUUAGCACAUUUGGCUGCAUUCCAAAUUAAUUUCUGAAAUUGUUUUGAGAAAUGACUGUUGGAUUGUGCCAUUUAAUUGUUUUUGAGAAUAUAAUCUAUAAAGUACUUUUUUUGCACAAAAUUGAUUGUGAAUGCAGCGUAGCACACUUUAGCUGUCAGAAAAUUCCCCAUUCUUAGUGCUUGAUUUUUUUUCCCCCACAUCAUGUAGACAAUUAGGUGUUUAACUCUGUUCAUAUUCAUUCAAUAUAUUAUGAUUGGAUGCACUUUUGCAUUUUUGUUUCUGGAUUUUCAUAACCAUACUAAAUACACUACUGUUCAAAAGUUUGGGGUCAGUAAUUUUUUCAGUAACUUUUCUUUUUUAAAGGUAUAAAUACUCUUAUGCAGCAAGGAUCAAAAAGCAUUCAUAUGGUUGAAAGUGAUUAAUGGAUUUCUAUUUCAAAUACAUACUGUUCUUUUCAACUUUCUAUUCAUCAAAGAAUUCAGAAAAAAAAAAAAAUCCACAAAAAUAUGAAGGAACACAACCGUUUUCAAUAUUGACAAUAAUAAGAAAUGUUUUUUAAGCAGCAAAUCAGCAUAUUAGAAUGAUUUCUGAAGGAUCUUGUGACACUGAAGACUGAAGUAAUGAUGCUGAAAAUUCAGCUUUGCAUCACAGGAAUAAAUUACAACUAAAAUAUUAGAAUAGAACAUUUUUAUAUUGUAAUAAUAUUUCACAAUUUGACUGUUUUUACUGUAUGUUUGAUCAAAUAAAUGCAGCCAGGGAGAGCAUAAAUGAUUUACUGACUCUAAAAUUAUGAACGGUAGUGUAUGUUGUAUUGCAUUGUAAAAAUCACAUUAAAAGGUCACAUAUUGCCUGAAAUAUAAUUCAAAUGAUAAACUAAAAUUUUUAGGGGGAGUUUGUGCAUGGGCUUGACUGAAUUAUUUUCCUUUUUUUUUUUAACUGAAAUGCAAAUAAGAGGGGAAUCCUAAGCAAAUAAUUUAGCCUUAUUUGUAUGCAUCAUUGAAAGAUGUACACAAUAAGUCAUCAAGGUAUUUCUAGAAUUGACAAUGUAAAGCUCUAAUAGCAUAUUUGGGCUUAUUUUAAAGAAUUUGAUUAUUCAUUUCUCUUUAUAUGUCAGUGUCAAAGGUCUCAGUGACUCCUUACAGUACAUGGCACCGAAUGAAUAUAAUAAGAUUUUAUGAUCUGAUAUAUAUUUUUUAAUUAUUAAUCAUACUAGAGGGAAAUAUCUUUAAAACUGGAAAUGUGUAUAUAAAAACACAGUAUAUAUUUAAAGGGGAUGCACCAAUCUUUCACACAAAGAAAAUUUGACAGAUCUGUUCAUUGAUUAGAGGCGGGUUGACAUUCCUUUAAAGUCAAAAGUUAUUCUAACACUGUGUCUUAACCAGUCAUUAUAUAUAUAUAUAUAUAUAUAUAUAUAUAUAUAUAUAUAUAUAUAUAUAUAUAUAUAUAUAUAUAUAUAUUUUUUUUUUUUUUUUUUUUUUUUUAAUUAGAAUUAUGUUCAAGCCCCACCCACUGUAAAAUCUGAUUAGUCUAAAAUCCUGCGCCAAAUAGUUGCAAAUAUGGUCUGCGUUGCUGUGAGUGUAUUUUUUAUUUCAAUGUGGAAAAACAAACUGCUUGCCGCAUCGCAGUUUUUGGGAUCGGACACAGUGUUUUUGCUUUGCACGAUAGAGUGUGUUUCGUUCCUUCUCCUGUAGAUACCCUCAAGCUGACACAUCUGACACAGACCGCAGAGAUUUGUGUUUUCAGAUAUUUAAGGAGAGAUUAUCCUUGUGUAAUAGUGAUUGUUUUGCUCAUGUUGUUACUGCUUUAUGAUCUAUAAAAAAAACACUUAGAGCAUUUAACUACAAAA